CGGACAACCAUACGCCAGAGCACGGUUUGGAUGAAAAGUCGAAGGCGACGUCGACGCAGCUAGCGCAAGUCGCAGAGCUCCCUUCCUUCAAGAUAGACAUGAAGGAUUACGUUGCUGCCAAUCCUCUGCUCAAGGCCGCGAGAAACAUGUAACACGAGAAUGGAUGGGAGUACAAGCGUUUGUGGGGCAAGCAAAGGAGUGGAGAGGAGGUGAGGGAGCAUGUGGUGCAGCCUGCUCCAUCGGCCAAAUCUUCCAACGCCCUGUCCCAUGCGACGGGCAGCACCUUCUACGCCAAACCGGGUGAAGAGUGGACAUUUCUACGAUCCCACUUGGUCAAGCACAAGCCCGCUUCGGCGGGAUUGCAGCAGAUCGAGUCUCAAAGACCCAUCUACAUUGGCGGUCGACCCAGAUUGUACGAUGCGGUGCGCGGAAAUAAGAUCGUGGGCAAGAUUCGCACGCCGACUCAUAUCGGCAUCAAGGGCAUGUACGAUGCGAGCACCAAAGAAGCCACUGCUCGAGCCUUCGAACUGGGAAAGCCGGAUAGGUCCACGGCCGAGAGGUUUUUGGAUGGGCUGAGAGGUCAAGCUAUGCGCGAUCAAGAGGAUUCCGAGGCAAUGAAGACGAAA